AUGCCGAAACCGGUAACAAGAAGCCAUUUUCUGGCAACAGUUGGCGAAAACGAGAAGAUUAAGGAAAGACGUACAGGGGUCCGGCGCGAGACGGAUUUGCAGGGCGAAACUCGCUUCCUGGAGCCCACCUCCGCCGCCCAAUCAGAAUUGGCCAAGUCGCCUCCCCCCUCCACCUCCAAUUCCUCCUCCCCUGAACCAUCAACGGAUGGCCCGGCUUUGUUGCCAGACCCAGCCUCGUCGACAGGCUCGGGAUCAGGCACGGUGCUAGGCUCGGUGUUGGACUCGGACCCGAGCCAGCGGCGGAGUGUGCAGGUGACGUUUACGUGUGGAGUGUGCGGGGCCCGCACCUCACGGCUGGCGAACCCCCUGGCAUUGAAGAAAGGCACAGUCUUUGUGCAGUGUGGUGGCUGCGAGAAGUUUCAUCGGUUAGUGGAUAAUCUAGGGCUCAUUGUGGAGUACGAUUUCCGAAACGAGAGUGGUAGUGAGAGUGGAAGUGAGAGAGGCUAA